ACAAUCUCUAUUUUAAAUAGCUCAACCUAAUAGCAAUAUAAAUACAAGCAGCAACAGAGUUUAUUUAUUUGUGUGCUGUUGUUAGACUUGUUGUGGGACGAUUCGACAAUGUUAGGCACCCUUUCUAUUUUCUUUAUUUUGUGCUACCUGUUGACGACAAUUGGAGGAUUUGGCCAGGAAGCUCUAGAUCUAACUCCAUACAUUGCGACAAACGCCAAGUUAGCCCGAGAACUAAGUCAAGUGAGAGAUCCGCGGGGCAUUAUUCCACCAAGCUACUCUGGGUUCGUUAAUGUUGACAGAAGAUUCGGAAACCACUUGUUUUUCUGGUUCUUUCCAGCUCUAAACAGUAGUCUCACCGCCCCUCUUCUGGUCUGGUUAAACGGUGGGCCUACGUAUUCCUCAAUGAUUGGCCUCUUUCAAGAGAAUGGGCCGAUUAAAGUAGUAAUAAAAAAUGGAACUGUGGGAUAUGCAAGAAAAGAGCGUUCCUGGGCGGAAACAUUUUCAAUGCUGUACAUCGAUAAUCCAGUUGGAACUGGUUUCAGCUACACCGAAGACGAGCGAGGUUAUAAAGUAGACCAAGAUGGCUAUGGUCAAGACUUGUAUUCUUUUAUAACAAACUUUUAUAAGAUGUUUCCUGAAUACUUAAAAAGGCCACUGUACAUUGGAGGAACUUCUUAUGCUGGAAAAUAUGUGUCUGCCUUUGCUUAUCUGCUUGAUCAGAAAAUUCAGAAACGAGAAACGUGCAUUCCAUUUGCGGGGAUCUAUCUUGGCGCGCCAUUUUACGAACCAUUUCCUCAAGUCAAAUCAUCACCUGAUCUAUUGUACAAUUUAGGAGUACUGAGCAGACGCCAACGGCAGGUAUAUCUUGAGAAUAUCACUGCGUUAGAGAAUAAAUUACAAGACCCCACCAAUAAUGUCUCGAGCCUUGAAAUCAUUGGCACAUUAAAUCCCCCACUUGGGCUAACUGACCUAAAUAAUUACCAUACUCAGCAAGGAAUUCAGCUUGAGAUCGAGGCUCUCAUGAACUCGGAAGAGAUGAAGAGAAUAGUGCAUGCUGGGAACAGAACAUUCAGGUUAUUCAAUGCGGAUCUGUUCCUUAAGUUCAACAAAGACUUCAUGACAAGCGCCACUUCAAAGAUAGCCAGUCUGAUGAACAGGUACAAAGUUCUGAUCUACAAUGGAGACUACGAUCUUACUGUGAGUACCUCCUCAGUGGAGACGGCCCUGGCGUCAACCCCUUGGGAAGGGAGACAGGAUUAUCUGUCUUCCAGUCGUUCAGUGUGGCGAGUAAAUUCGAAUUUAGCAGGCUACUUCAGUCGCGUGGACAAAUUUUGUAGAGUCAUUGUUCGCAAAAGUGGACACUUGGCAUCGUUCGAUCAACUUGAAAUAACCGCCUUAAUGAUGCGUCAGUUUGUCGAGACCGGGUGUGUGGAAUAAGCGAAUGUCACAUUAAAGCAUUGCAAGUACUUUGCUUCGACUGUAUGAAUAGACGUACCCCUCAAAUAAACAUAGAAUCACUAGAAAAAAAACUUAGCAUCAAUCAUCACUCAAAUUAAUGUAGAGGCACUCAAUAAAUAUAAGAUUAAUAAAAUAAAUAUAUCAGCACUCAAUAAAUAUAACAUUAAUAAAAUAAACUUGUCAGCCUAAAUAAAAAACACAACCUAACUUCAUUCAAAUCGACAUAGUAAUAAGCCUUGUCUUCGUGUCCGAAGAAAAAUGAGGAAUGCAGUAUUUUUCGUGGUUACGCAGCCCCAGCUGUGACCUACAUAUUUUGCCGCAUCCAGGAUAAGCAUAAACGACAUAAAAACAUAACAUCACUCAAAUAAACAUUACAUUGCUAAAAAGAACAACAACAACAUAAUAACACUGAAACAUAGCAUCAAUCGAAUAAACUCUAACAAUCUAUUGCAAAUAAGCUACACUUGCCAAGCAAUAAAUACAUACGACAUAAUGCACAUAGACAUGAAAGAUCAUUGUAGAUAUUAGAUGUAGUUAGUCCAUUAGUCCUAGUGCUAUUCUCCAAUAUUUAUUUUGUUUGAAAGAAAAUGUUAAAGUUUAACUCAAAGUCGUAUUCCUAGUUGUAUACAAAUGUAUUUUCUAUUAGAAAUGUUCCUACAUAGCAGAACAACUAUGAAGUGCUCGCUUUUUUUUGUUAUGUCGGUGCAUGGAACUAUACACAACGAACAGUUACUUCAAUACAGAAUCCUCUACUUAGAAAGAAUUUGUCGCGAAGGGUGUUCGAAAAGAAAAUAAAUUUUGUGACCAUAUCCUAAUCUACUAAAUUAUGUCUACUAUAACAGUUUGUCAGAAUAUGUUUGAAGUUUUUAUAAACCUUUUUUUCAAAGAACCCCCCAAAAUAUUUUCUAUUCAAGACGGGGAAAUUGCGUUUGAUCGAAGCGUAAAAUUCUUCUUUGUCUCCAUCAUUUUAUUUUGUAACGCAUUGCAGGAUGCGCAAGAACAUGGGCAAAGAACCUGUUUUCUAUACGGGUUUGUAAAAAAACCUCAAAGUUGCUGUUCCUUUAGUUCCAUGGUCGGUGUACAGACUAAAGAAAGUGCUGACACCUUAGGUGUUUUUUAAAGAUAUCUGAUAUAAAGUGUUCAGUUUUAAGCACAGCAGAAUCCAAUUCUCUUAGCUCUUUCGUUUGAAGCUUAUAUAUUUUUUUUAUUAAGAAGUUGGCAACACUGAAGUUCAUCCACGCGUCCUUGACAUUGUUUAAUUUAUCGUCAUACUGAACCAAAAUGACUGAAAUCAAAAUAAUAAUGCCACAAACAAUGGACCUCAGUCACCAAUCGUAAACAAACAACAUUUAGCCACUUGAUAAUAUUGAUAAAACAACGGAAAAAAAACUGUCACGUGACAGCCCGUGUGUAUUACGUAAUUUGUAUAGAAGAGAUAGAGAACAACGUGGGUAAAUGUUGUUUGUUUCGAUUGAUGAAUGAGGUCCAUUAGCUGAGUUGGAUCCUUGGCCUUAAAACUCUUUACCAAAUGAAAAGACUCAAGUUUUUCUUUUCUUUUAUAAGUUAAUAUAAAUGUUUAAAAUAAGAUAUUAAAAUAAAACAAUAAAGUUCAUGAUUCUUUCUGUUACAAGUUCACGGUGUGUCUUUGUGAUAACAUUUACAUUACAUCUAUUUACUUAUAAAACAAAAUAAAAAGAGGAUAUAUUGAAUGUGAAGCUGAGGAAAGGAAAGGAUACGAAUGAAUGGAGAUAAUAGAAAUAUAGACCAUCACAUGGUGUCCAUUAAAUGUGUACUAGACAUUGGCACAAAUGAAGACAAAGGAGAGGCCUGUUUUGUUUUAACUUUUUAACAGGCAGAUGUUAGUGAAUGAAUUCGAUUUCACCCUGUCUCCAGAAUCUAGAUUAUGUCGCAAAACGAAUUCAUCCUGUCUUAACUGUCUUUAGUCUCCAGAUUGUCGUAAAACGAGUUCAGGCUGUCUCCAGUCACCAGAAUGUGUCUUAAAUCGAAUAUGGAAACGCUGUACCCAUCUUCAGGACUGAGAGGUGGAAAAGCAGCUCUUUUCACAAAGCUUCUAACAAUUCUGUCGCUCUGUCUUUCUCUCUGUCUGUCUGGUAUAAUGUUUGUACACGUUAUUUCUCCCACACCUAUUUUCGUAUCAAUUUGAAACUUUAAACAAUUAUUUAUUGUACCUCACAAAACAUGAAUACAAAAAUGUAAUUAGCAAAUGUAUUGGCAAUUAUUUUUUGUUUGAAAUCGAAUAAAGGAAAUAACGCCUAUAUUAAUGA